CGCCGUUCGCUCCCCUUCACCCCCACACUCUCAUUCUCGAAACCCUCCCCUCACCAUCGAUUACACACUCUCUCCCAUCUUCGAGUCUCGCACGAGUCAUUCGCUCUCCCCACGCCUCUUCCCCCCUCACCCAUCGUCUGCCAACGCUCUCUUUGGCGGGUCAUGGCCUGGUCACGACACAAUAAAGAUCUCCCGUCUACGGAUAACGAGACCGAGAGCACGACGGAUGCCGAUACAGACAGCCUAUUCGACCGCAGUAAUGACGACGACGACGACGACGAGACGGAUAUUACGAGCGGUGCUAAUACGGAUAGCUUAUCAGAGAUCGAUAACGAUAUAGACGAUAAUGUAUUACUUUUUAAUAAUAAAGUAUGGUACCCUCCCGAACACUAUCUUACUAUAGCAGUAAACCUCAAUAUACAGCGGCUCCGGUACUAGCAAUAUAGCCCCAAGAUAUAGGAACGGC